AAAAUUAUUAGUAAAUUAUCAAUGCAAUACUUAUUACAUAGUUACAAUUGUUCAACUGGGAAGCAAUUAAACAAUCAUUAGAACUGAAACGCAAUUUAUUAGCAGAGUGUAGUGUGCUACUUGUGUAAUGAAGAAAUUACUUUUCAGAUUGAUAAAUAUCGUUGCAUCAGCUUGACAUAGACUGUUGGACUACAAGAAUUAAAAUGAAUGAAAUUUCAAAACUGGAGGACAUUCUACCGGAAGAAAUCAGAAAAUCAAAUUCUUUGUUAAGUUAUACAAUCGAACCUUUAACAUCCGCAGGGGAUAAUUAUGGCAGUGAAGUCCAGCUUAUUACUCUACAAUUACAAGAUAAAAGUACGAACAGAAUAAAAGAAACGAAGGUGGUAGCAAAAAGAGCUCCAGAAAGUGAAUUUAUUAAGAAACUAUUUAAUACUCCUGUAACAUUUCGUAAGGAAGUGAAGUUUUACCAGGAAGUGCUUCCAGCGUUACGAAGAUUUCAAAAUGAGAAUGGAGUCGACGAUUUACUAACAUUUGUUCCCAAGUAUUACGGAGGAAGAUUAACUUUACAAGUUCACUCUGAAGAGGCAGAUAAUGAUGCGAUAUUUUUGUUGGAAAACUUGAAAGUUAGUGGUUUUAGAAACGAAGACAGACUGGUAGGAUUCGAUUUAGAAACAUCAAUCGUAAUAUUGGAUUGUUUAGCCAAACUACAUGGAACCGUUCUCGCUUUCAAAACGAAAAAACCCGAAGAAUUUCAAAAAAUUGUCAUGCCGGCUUUGGAGUACCCAUUCACGGAAAUACCACUUAACACGGAAGCAAUGAAAAAGCUUUUGGACGAUAUAAUAAAUGCUGGUAUCGCAGCUGAUAGCUCCCUCGCAAAGAAAUCAAAAGAAAUCUACGAAAAACUGAUGAAGUCCAUGAAAAUUAGAUACAGUCCACCAAAGCCUAACGAAAUAUUUGCCACCAUGUGUCACAACGACUUCUGGGUGAACAAUAUAAUGGUCAAAAGGAGUGGAGAGGGUUCAUUCGUACAGUGUAAAGUACUAGACUUUCAAAUAACCCAGUAUGGGUCUCCAGCAAAAGACGUCUUCUUCUUCUUAAUGUCGAGUACAAAAAGAAGUGUUAAGGAAGAUCAUUUUGAAACCCUAUGCAGACAUUAUUUUAACACACUCAUGGAAGUUCUCGAAAUGUUUAGUGUUGAUACGACCUCAUUUUCUUACGAAUUAUUCCUGGAGGAGAUAAAAACAGUCGUACAAGAAGAUGAAUUUUAUCAUCUCAUGGUUAUGUUAAAGCCUAUUUUCGCAUCAAGAGGAGAAGCGAACGAAUUGAAAGAUUAUGACAUGAAUAAUUUACUGUCAAACGACGUAGAAUCCGAUUUAUAUCGUGAACAGGUUGCUUAUACAAUUAAUAAACUUUACGCCAGAAAAUGGAUUUAACCUUUAUUUGUACUUUGUUAGGUAAUAUGAGUAAAUGCAGCAUGUAAUAAUGCACAUAUUUGUACAUAUAUCUAUAUAAUUACCACAAACACUAUUUAUUCGUUUUCUCGUUAAACAAGACGAUGUGACGGAUAAUAAUUGUAAGCAUUGCAAGUCAUUAAAAAUGCACCGACAUGUUACUUUUAUAAAUAAU